UGCACAUAACUUGACAGCUGACAAUUGACAGUCCCUGCCAAAAUUUCCACAAAUCUAAAAACGGCUGUCUGGAAUAUUUUAUUCAGCGCAAUUUUCUAGAAGUUCAGUAUCGUAUGUGAGUUUAUUUUACUAUUUCAAGUGUUAACAAAAUCUAUCAAUAUGCCCAAGAAGUUUGUUGGCGAAAAUAGUAAAGCUGUUGCAGCUCGACAACGAAAGGAAAAUGUUAAGCAAGAAAAAGACCAAAAACUUAAAAAAAUGAUAGAAGAUGCAGAGUGGGAAGACAAUGAUGAAAAACUUAAGAAAAAACAACAGAAAAAGGAUGAACAAGAGAAAAAGAGGCAAGAACAACUACAAAAAAAAGCAGAGGCUAAAGCUCUAUUGGAGAAAGAGAUGGAGUCCAUAAAAGGCAGUGUGAAGACUGCUCCGCCACCACCCAAGAUAACAAGAGCACAAAUAGCACACAUGAAGGAGAAAGUCAUCAAAGCCGAACCUGUUGCUCCUGUGCCAUCCAGAGUGGUUGUGGAGGAACCACCAUUGGAGGAGAAUUUGAACAGGAUACAACUGGAUGGAGAGGUUGCACAGACAGUUGAGGAAGCUAUAUCUGUUCUCACUGAUAAAGCGGAUGUGGACAAACAUCCAGAGAAGAGGCUAAAGGCAGCUUACACCGCAUUUGAAGAGAUAAAUUUACCGAGACUGAAGGCAGAGAAUCCAUCGCUGAGACUUUCCCAACUGAAGCAGAUGCUCAGGAAAGAAUGGCUCAAAUCACCACAGAAUCCUCUCAAUCAGACAUCUUAAAUAUUGCAUGUUUGAAUAUUGGCUAUGAAACUCUCUCUGAUAUUAUUCAUGUAAUGCAAAUAAUGUCUUUUAAUAUAUUUACCAUUAUAAUAUAGGAGAUACUCUCAUAUCAUAGGCUCUGUUGAUACUGGUAAUAUUUUUCAUUUUGCAAUAAUUAUGUAAUUAUUAAUGCUUUUAUAGAUAUUUUAGAAAUGCUGAGACUAAUUGUGAAUCAUUUUGCAUCACAUAUUACACUGUAUUUGUGAUAAUAGCUACAUUUGCUGGCGAAAAAUGUUUUAACCAAUUUACAUGCAGAAUGAUUUCUCUCAUGGUCACUGUAAUGGACUGUAGAGGGAAUAGAAAGUAUGCUCAGAAUAUGAAUGUGUUUUAUAAUAUUUCAGUUAUAUUUGUAAGCCAUAGGAUAAAACAGACCAUAGUAGAUAUGUGUAGUAUAGAUUUCCUUCAUUGGCCUCAGCCUCAGACUUAAUUAAAACUUAACUGUUAACUGAAACCAUUUACAAGUGAGAGUGAGUGAAACCACAUCAUUUGGAAUAUUAUUUAUUGUAUAUGGUCAAACAGUCUUACAAAGUAGGACAAGUUUUGUACUCUAGUGAAUUUAAAUUGUAAAUAUAAACAAUAAAGUCA